AUGUGUGUUAAAGAUCUACUUCUUCCUAAUAUUAAACAAUGGGAUGUGGGUAAGGUGAAAUUGCUUUUCGAUCAUGUGGUGGCUGAAACUAUUCUUAGAGUCCCCCUAGUGGAGGAGGUUGUGGAGGAUAGGUUGGUGUGGCAAGAGGAAAGGAAUGGUGAGUAUAGUGUGAAAUCGGGUUAUAGACUUUGGAGAGGGGUGCAAAGUAGUAAUCGUUGUAAUGAUAGGGAGGGUAACUGGAAGAAUGUCUGGAACAUCUUAGCGCCUUCUAGAGCUAAGCAUUUGUUAUGGCGUAUUUGUCGGGGCUGCCUUCCAACCCGUACUAAUUUGCAACAACAUCAUGUUCAGUGUUCGUCUAUUUGCCCGUGGUGUGAUAUUGAAGAAGAAGAUGAGUGGCAUGUCUUUUUUGGUUGCAUUUCAACUUCCCAAAGUUGGCGGGCAGCAGGUUUGUCAGCUCUUAUAGACUCUCGUAUUCACUCUUUCCAUGAUGCUAAGUCGCUUAUAUUUGAUGUGUGUAGUCGAGAGGAUCGUCGGGAUGCCGGGAGAUUUGCUAUGGUACUUGAAUCCCUUUGGAGGAGUAGGAAUAAUGUGGUUUGGCAAGAUGAUCGAGAAGAUGCUAUAAGAAUUGGUUUACAAGCCUAUCACAAUUGGUAUGAUUGGUUCCUAGCUAGAAAGGACCAUAAUGGGUGUACUACUAAUAAUUUUCCGCUUACUUGGAUCCCGCCUUUGGUUGAUCAGGUGAAGUGUAAUGUUGAUGCAAGUUUUAAUAAUAAUGUUGUUACUACUAACAGAGGUUGGUGCUUUCGGGAUCAUUUGGGUAGAUUUAUCAGAGCUGGUUCUGCGUGGGAUUUAGGCCUUUAUUCGGUCUUUGAAGCCGAAGCCACCGCGCUGAAGGAAGCUAUCCAGGAUGCUAUCUCUCUCCAGUUCUCCCAUGUUUCCUUUGAAAGUGAUUGUCAAUUCUAUCUACUCUAA